CUGGGGCCCUGGCUCCUGCGCGCACCCUCGGUCGCCGGGUCCUGGAUCUACAUGGCAGCAGCCAUCACUGGCUAUAUGAUUGCCCGCGAGCUCGAGCCUGCCCGGCCCUCCGUGCCGAAAGAAGCAACCACGCUGCCUCGGCGGAGCGAUCUGCCGAAAAGCGGAGAAAUCUCGUCCGCAACUCCCGUGCCCCGGCGGUCCUUGGGCGGAUCGUCUUGAU